CAAUCCCUCCUAUAAAAGUAAUCCUAUGUGUUGUGCUCAUGUGUCAUCAGUCAUAGAUGGUAAGUUUAAAUUUGAAAACUCGCAAUGGAGACGGUCAUAAAAUUAGAAAAAUGUGAAGUUUGCAAUAAUAAUAAAGCAAAAUACACGUGUCCAAAGUGUGAGGUUAGAACCUGUUGUAUCACAUGUGUAGACAUACACAAAAAAGAAUUAAAUUGUGAUGGCAUUCGUGAUAAAACUAAAUUUAUUCCUUUAAAUAAAUUUACUGACCUCGAUUUACAAAGCGACUACAGACUACUUGAGGAACUUGGUAGGUCUGUUGAUCAGUUGCAGAGAGAUGAGUCCAAGAAAUUUAGUUCUGCAAAUAAUUUACCUGUGCGGCUUUUUAAACUGAAACAAGCGGCCACUCAAAGUGGAGUAAAAUUUGAAUUUUUGCCACAUAAUUUUAGUAGACAUAAAGAAAAUACUUCGUAUUAUAACUGGAAAACAAAAGAAUUGUUUUGGAAAAUAGACUGGAUUUUUCCUCAAGCUGAAAAUAUUAAAUGGAGUACAAAAAAAGCAUUAGAUACCACAAGACUUUCAGAACUCAUUGAAAAUGUGCUAGAUCCCUUAAACGGGCAUACAGACACCGACGAUUGUGAUGAAAGUGCAACUAAACAAAUACUUAGUGAUAAACUGCAAUUUUAUCGAGCAGCAGGAUUGUCUGGUAUAGAAAUUUUAUUAAAAGCUGAGAAAAUAAAAAAAUCAAACUCGCGGUUUUAUAAAUUAGAUUUGACAUCUAGUCUUAAAGAUAAUUUGUCAAAUAAAACAAUCAUUGAGUUCCCAACUCUGUAUGUUAUUUUUAAAGACCACAUUGAUAUGCUCGAAAUAAUUGACUCAGAUGAUGAAAACGAGAAAGAAUUGACAGAAAAGCCACAAAGUCGCGGUAAUAAACACAAAAAACGUCAACAAGACAACAAAAACAAUAAACGUCCUAAAAAUUAUUUAUUCUAUCACGACUCGUCAGAUUCGGAAGCAGAAAAUGGUAAUAAAAAUGAUGAGGGACAUUUUGGUUUAUCAAAUAUUCCUAAUUAUGAUGAAUUUGUAAAAAUGUAAUUAAAACUGUAAAUAAUUUUUUUUUAUAAUAAUUAUAAUUUAUAUUUAUUAAAUAUUAUGUCAUUAUGACGUUUAAAACUUCAAUACAAAUUUAUAUGACCAAGAAAAUAUACAUUUUUUAUCUAACACGUGGAAACUUUAUUUAAAACAAACUUUAUUAGUUAUCAGUCAUUAAAAUCGAUCGACUGGUUCAGUGUGAAAAAAAAUUUUCUAGUUAAACAAUCCAACCCCUAAUUAUAUAUAAAUAAUUUUUAAUCUUAACAAUUAAAUACUUUUACCCACAUACAAAUAUAUUAUUCACACUAAAAAGUAUAGAUUAAUAAUUUAACAAUUGACGUUAAAGAAAAUGCAUGUUAGCAUCAAUUUAAAAAAGAAAAAAUAAUAA